UAAAACACUCUUUGAUCAUCAUCUUUAAACUAUUCUAAGACAUUAUGGGAAGACAGAAGGUGAUUCUGGAAAAGAUGGCUCGGAUCUUUCAGGUUCGGAAUGUGCUGAUGCGACAGGCACUGGCAGAAUGCCUGGGCACUCUCAUUCUAGUGAUGUUUGGAUGUGGUGCUGUCGCCCAGUUGAUUCUAAGUGGAGGCUCUCAUGGAAUGUUUCUAUCAGUGAAUUUUGCUUUUGGGUUCGCUGCUACAUUGGGAAUCCUAGUUUGUGGGCAAGUCUCAGGAGGUCACAUAAACCCUACAGUGACCUUUUCCCUUUGUUUGUUGGGGAGAGAGCCCUGGAGGAAAUUUCCCGUGUACUUCCUGGCCCAGACUUUGGGGGCUUUUCUUGGCUCAGGAAUAAUAUUUGGCAUGUAUAUUGAUGCAAUUUGGGACUAUGGACACGGUUCUCUACUUGUUGUAGGGGACAAUGCAACAGCUGGAAUCUUUGCUACAUACCCUUCUAAACACCUUACUUUGCUCAAUGGCUUCUUUGAUCAGAUGAUUGGCACAGCAGCUCUCAUAGUUUGUAUCCUCGCCAUUAUCGACCCUUACAAUAACCCCAUUCCACAAGGACUAGAGGCCUUUACUGUGGGCUUUGUAGUUCUAGUGAUUGGUCAGUCCAUGGGUUUUAACUCAGGUUAUGCUGUAAACCCAGCCAGAGAUUUGGGACCUCGGAUCUUCACCGCACUUGCUGGAUGGGGCUCAGAGGUGUUCUCAGCAAACUCUUACUGGUCCUUUGUACCAAUCUUUGCCCCAUUCAUUGGUGCCAUGUUCGGUGUGAUGGUGUAUCAGCUGAUGGUGGGAUACCAUGUGGAAGGAGAAGCAAGAGAUAAAAGGGAAGCAGAAGAAAAACAAGAGAAGGAAAGACUCAAACUCUCUGCUGUUUCUGAGAAGGAGACAGUGUAAGUUUGGGAUCAAAUGGAGUUGUUUAUCCACAGUUCCGUUCAGCUUCUAAAAUUUAAUUUAGCUUUCAUGACAAUAUAGUAGCAAUAUUGUGUAUCUUGUACCCACAUUAAAUCAAAGCUUUUGACAGUUACCCUUGACAUCAUGAUUAGACUAAAACUUUUUUUUUGUACUGUGUGCGCAAUUAGUUGAUGUCCAAACAAUUUAAUUGAUGAAUCAUAAUUUGCAUAUCACUUUAAUUAUCCUGACCAGAACCUCUGUGUUUUAUACAUAGACUUACUAGUUAUCCUUUCAGUUUAUUCCAAAAAAUGCCCAAUCAUAGCCAAAUUAAUUCAUCCAAUCUGCUAACAAGUCAGUUGUUGUCAUCUGCAUAAUGAAUAAUUAUGAAUAAGGGAAAUGAUUUAUGAAAACCUUCACCCUUAUGAAUACUGCAUCAAAGUCAUAAAAGUACCUGUUCCACUAAUAUUCCAGCAUUAUGCAGUGAGAAAUCCAGUUCUAUUUACAUUGUUAUAUUGCUUUUUGCCUUUUUGGGAACAUAUUUGUUGUCCAAGUAUAUGUUUUGAUGUAUUACAUGCCUGUUUCUGUUCUGAUUUACACUGUUCAGAGUUUACACUGACUAUGAAUAUAAUAUAUUUUGUUCAUUUAUACUGUGCUCUUUAAAAAUAAACUGCAUUUUUGGUAAGGCA